AGAUACAAUUUUCUGGUUGUGAUCGAGAUGGGUGCCAGAGGAUGGGAAUACGAGGCUUUGCCUGAUCUUCAUACGUCGACCGUCGUGACGCCAUCGUCGACGCCUCCUAAUAACGCACAGAAGGUACCUGGAUCUUCGCCCAGGGUCAACUUUCAACCGGAUAAUCUUGCUACCACUAGGAGACGCAGUAGCGCGCGUUUGGCAGCACCGUCGAGGAGGAGAAGUCGCAGCAUGAGCGCCUGGAGCGAUUUGUCUAGAUCUUCCUUCAGGAUGGACGAAAGAUUAUUAAGUCGAAUCCAAAAGCCAUGAUUUUAUUUUAUGAAA